AAUUUCGCCACGCUCAACUCUCAAAAUACCGUUCCCUUAAACCCUAAUUAGCUUUAUAUAUUUCUCACCCAAUCCAAUUUAACUCCCACGAUUCCUUCAACUUCUUCGUGUAUUCCUUCACUCAAAUUCGUCUCUGUUCUCUGGGAUUCAUUCAUCAUUCUCUUUCCAUCUGGAGAGAAUGGUUUUUUUUCAGCAAUUGCGCGAAAUAUGUUUGCGGAAUCCGCCCGGGCGGUCCAUUGUGUUGUAAUUAAUGCGGGAAGGUAUUGGAAGAUUACUAUUUUUCGUGUGAGGUCCAAUUCAUUGAAGAUCCAGUUCGCUAUAAAAGAAACAACCAUGCAACUAGGAGUUGAAUUGCACACCACUCUGCUUUUUUAGCCACAAUAGUAAAUAUGGGAUACAUCUCAAAAGUCAGCCAAGAUGCCGUGUUGAAAUUAUUUGAGAAAACUGAAGCUGCAGAGGAACCCAUUAAGCAGCCAAUUGAAAUGCAUUCCGACAUGGACUAUCAGAACAUUGGCAACGGAUUGCGUGUUAUUGAGGGUAGACACCAAACUGAUAAACUGGGAUCGAAAGAUGGAUACAAUGAUGAAAAGAUGAAAUGACAUGUAGCAAUGACCAGGACAUUGCCAACUUAGGUGAAGCUUAUGAUUACUACGAUGAUGAUUAUGAUUAUGGUUAUGUUGGAUUCUGAUUUUUGAACUAAAACCCGUGACUUGCCUAGUACAGUGGCUUUGGAUCUGGUCACUGCACUCAAAGUUUACCCUCCAACCUUCGGGUGAGCGAUGAAGAGGGGUUUUCCUUGUCAUUAAAAAUGAAACUACUGAUCGAUGCCUAUUUGGUUCAUACUAUAUUAGAAAGAUUAUUGUCUGCAGUUUUUCAUCUAGACUAGGGUAUGUUAUUACUAACAAAAUGCUUUACACCUA